AUGAAUACUGAUAAGACCAGAGUGGUGACAGUGACGGUGGGCGGUAAUUAUAUCACUUUUGCAGAUAUUCUCAUGCAAUGUAUCCUGCGAUGGCAGCCCUGGUCAAUUACUCCCUCGUAUAACUACUUCUGUGCGCAUUUUAAGCAGGCCGCUCAGGAUCUCAUGACGGACACGAGCGACAAGGGCUUACAGGCCCAGCUAUCGAACAUCUAUCGCGAUAUACGAGGACAGGCAGAUAGCAAUCGGAUAAGCUUAUUUCUCUUCGUCGAGCAAGUCUAUCUCUACGUUGUCGGAUAUCCCAAGCUCUUUAACGCCCAGACCACGUACUGCAACAGUGUCAAUAUCAGGUACUGGGGUGUGGACACCGCCAAUCCCUACACCGCACUGACGACGAGCAAUGCGAUCACGGAUGCCAACAAUCGCCGCGAAUCCAUGAACAUCGCCUACGCGGACGUGGAUGCCCGCUUUGAGGGCCACCGUUGGUGUGAAGGCGGGGUGAAAGAGCCUGAUGCCACAUACCCCAGCACUUUCUUCUUCCUGAGCGGCUGGUCGGACAUAACUGAGGAAGGCGCCAUCCAGCAGGCCUCCUCGGACGACGAAAGCGACUACAUCAGCAGCCUGCAGGGACAAACGACCCUGCCGCUGCCCGACGGUCAUACUUGCAACACCACACUGGGGGCCAAUCCAGACCCCGUGGAUGUGUACUGGUCGCUCGCGCAGAUGGUGUCUCGCGCCAAUAGCGAAGUCGCUGAUGGGAACUACACGGCUCAGGAUAUUGGGUGGUUGAAGCCGACUCGACAGCUUAAAACAUUCCAUCCGCGAAGCGCGGGUAUGGCGCUGUAUCGCGAUGCCAUUCUGGACUUGAUGCAAGACGAUUAA